CAGUCAGCUAUGAAAGAGGACAUCUUUUUACAGAUUUUAUUAUCAGCCAUAAACUAUAACGUAUUUAAAGCUAAGAACACAGAUCUGAAAUUUCACACCUCAGAUAAACCAUUAACGUAUCCUUCUUUUAUCAGAAGAGCUCAUUUGUCAAACGAACAAUGGUGUUUGUCAGAAACCAAUCUCGUACAACGAUCAACUUGUUACGUGUGCCGUAUUCCUCGGUGUGAAAAGGAAGACACGCCCUUCGUUCUGAUUACGUGUCUAUGCGUGUAUCUUGAAGGUGAAGAGCAAUUCCUUCUGUCUACUAAUCUGUCAGAAAUGGGAAUAUUUGGAUCUAAACAAGCUCCACCACGUUCAAACACGCCACCACUGGAGAGUCAAUGGCGAGACAUAGGAGGUAGUUGGACGCCUGAAUUCAGCAAUGCGUUAUCGAGUGAGAUACAAAGCAAUGACACAGGCAGCAAAACAGUUAAAAAUCCAGGCUUGUUGCUACUAGGACCUGUUGGUGCAGGAAAAUCAACUUUCGUUAAUUCAGUAUUUAGUAUUAGCAAAGGAAGACUUGUCAACAAAGCUUAUACUGGGGCAUCAGCGAAGAGUUAUACAACUGCUUUUACCAGAUUCAAUGGAACAGGGAAACUGAGUAAUUUUCGUCUUUGCGACACAAUGGGUGUGGAAGAUACUGAAGGAGAAGGAUUCCAUGUCAGUGAUGUAGUAAAUCUUAUCGAAGGACACGUUAGGAAUUCUUAUCAGUUUAACCCGCGUCAUCCGUUGACUUCCAGUCAUUCUGAUUACAACCCAAAUCCCGACCCGGAGGAAAAGACUCAUUGCGUAAUAUUUGUGAUUGAUAGCCACGCAGUAGCUUACGGUUCAGUAUCUUAUGACAUGAAGAAAAAAAUCACCCAACUACAAGAAGAAAUAAAAAGACGCAAUAUACCAAGGGUCCUUAUUCUCACAAAAGCAGAUCUUCUAUGUGAAGAGGUGUCGAAAGAUAUUUCGGCCAUUUUCAAAAGCACAAAAGUCAAAAAGGCAGUAAAGAAGGCGUCUGAAAUUUUCGAAAUUCCACUAUCCAACAUUCACCCCGUGAAGAAUUACGAGGGUGAAAUCACCCUGGACCCGCUGAAAAGCAUACCGCUGUUGCUUGCUCUGAGACAGAUUGUUCAUUUUGCAUCGGAUUUUGUAGAGGAAAACUGAAGUCCGUCUGACAUAUUGUAUAAUAAAUUGUAACAAAUAUACAGAUAUAACAAGAUUCAUUGUGCAUAAUGUUACAUAUGUGAACAUUUCAACGUGUUUAUACACAUACA